AUGGAAAAUAGUCAUUCUCAAUGCAUCUUUAAGAAUGCAAAGGAUUUUUUGACUGCCAACAAUGCACUUAUUUAUCAAGUAGUUGUUGCAAUCUUAUCCAUUGCUUUUUUAUAUAAAAUUCUUUUCAAUAGAAAGAAUAUUACUAAAAGAGCAAAGAGAGAUAUUGGUAUUUCACCAGCAUCAAAUGGUACCGGUCAAAAAAUUGAUUGUGUUAAUCCAGCAACUGGAAAAUCAAUGGGUAUUGUAAAUUCAUUAAAACCAGAUGAAGUUAAAACUUGUUUAGAAGCUGCUCAAAAAGCUCAAGUUGAAUGGGGUCAAACAACUUUUGAUGAAAGAAGACAAAUCUUACAAGAUUUCAUUGAUAUGUUUAUUAAACAUGAAAAUGAAUUAGUUGAAGCAUCAAUGAGAGAUACUGGUAAAACAAGAUUUGAAGCAAUGUUUGGUGAAAUUUUAACAAGUUGUGAAAAAUUAAGAUAUUUAAUUCAAAAUGGUGAAAAAGCAUUAAAAACUGAAGAUAGAAUUGUACCAAUGUUAAUGGGUACAAAAUCAGCAAGAUUAGAAUAUCAUCCAUUAGGUGUAAUUGGUAUUAUUAUUCCAUGGAAUUAUCCAAUUCAUAGUAUUAUUUCAGCAGCAGCAGCAGCAAUUUUUGCAGGUAAUGCAGCAUUGGUAAAGGUAUCAGAAUGGUCAACUCAUUCAAAGAUUCUUUUUGAACAUCUUUUAAGAAAAGUUUUAUCCAAUAGAGGUUAUGAUCCAAAUUUGAUUCAAAUUCUUCCAGGUAUGGGUGAAACUGGUGAAGCAUUAGUUCGUAGUGGUGUCGAUAAGAUUUUAUUCAUUGGUUCACCAGGUACUGGUAAACGUGUUAUGAAAGCUGCAAGUGAUAGUCUCACUCCAGUUAUUUUAGAACUCGGUGGUAAAGAUCCAAUGAUUGUUUUCGAUGAUGUUGAAUUGGAUUGGGCAUUAGCAAUUGUACAAAGAGGUUGUUUCAUUAAUUUAGGUCAAAAUUGUAUUUCAUCAGAGAGAGUAUUUGUUCAUGAGAAGAUCUAUGAUCAAUUCUGUAAACAAAUGGCUGAUAAAAUCAAUUCUCUCAAACAAGGUCCACCAGAAGAAGGUCAUUUCGAUUUUGGUUCAAUGACUAUGCCAGCACAGGUUGAUAAGGUUGAACAUCUCGUUGGCACCGCCAUCAAAGAGGGUGCCACAUUAUUAGCUGGUGGUAAAAGAAAUCCAGCUUAUCCAAAGGGUAACUAUUUCCUUCCAACCGUUUUAGCAAAUGUCACUGAAAAUAUGACAAUUUUCCAAGAGGAAGCUUUUGGUCCAGUUUGUAGUAUCAUUAAAUUCUCUGAUGAACACGAUCUCAUUCGUAAGGCCAAUGGCACUGCUUUUGGUUUAGGUUGUUCAAUCCUCAGUAGUGACAUUAAAAGAGCUGAACGUAUAGGUAGCAAAAUCUCAACUGGUAUGUUAACUAUCAAUGAUUAUGGUGCAUCUUAUUUAAUUCAAGAUCUUCCAUUUGGUGGUUGUAAAGAAUCUGGUUUCGGUCGUUUCAAUGGUCCAGAAGGUCUUAGAGGUUUCUCACGUGAAGUUUCUAUCCUCACUGAUCGUUUUGGUAUUAAAACUCCAGUUCCACGUCUUAUUCGUUAUCCAAUUGAUCCAGCUUCAGUUGGUAUCAUUCGUCAAGCUAUCUAUAUGAUUUAUCAAAGAGGUAUUGUCAAUAAAUUAAGAGCUGCUUUAAAUUUUACUUCUCAAGUUAUUAAAAAUCCAAAAUUAUUAUUAUAA